AUGAAAGCGGCAUCCAGCAGUGUGUCAUCUACAGGAGGAUUAAUGUCACCGACGAAAGUGCUACCACCAUCAGCACCACCAGGUCAUCCGCCGCAACAACAACAACCGAUCUACGAUCAACAGAUGCAGUACUACUACGCAGCAACGAUGCCUGGACAACCAAUUCCAACAUACGUUCAACAAAACGCAAAUGGUCAGCAGUAUGCUACUACCGCUCAGUCAUACUAUCAAGAUUCUAACGGCCAGUACGUCCAGGUCACCCAGCAGGCUCCCUCGCAGCCAAUGAUGGUACCGGGACAGUCUUAUAUCUACAUGGCACCACCACAGCAAGGCCCUCAACAAGUGAUACAACCAGGACAACCACAGUUGAUCUAUUACCAACAGGCGAUUGGUCAGAUGCCACCACAGACCGCACCAGUUUACUUCCACCCCAUGCAGCCAUCAGCGACAUCCAUGCUUCAAGAUCAGAUGACAGUCAUGCAACAAAUGCAGCCAGCUAUCCAACAGCAGCAGUCCCAUCAGCAAAGGCAACUUGGAAUGGAAAUGAGCGUCAUGCGACCAGCUCCAUUGACCUCGUCAACUCCACUUCCUACCAGCCUUGAAUAUGAGACGAUGCAACGAGAUAACCAAGCACGUAACAGAAACAUCCAGCUGAGGUACCAUCGCGUCAUGGAACAUGAUGACUUGCCAAUUGAAGAGCUCUCAGAGAUCAAGCUUGAUCAUCACAACGAUGACACAAUGAGUGCUGAGAAGGAAAACAACGGUGAAAAGGUGGCACGUCGGGGGUUCACAAACUCUGACAUCGAAACUCAACAACCAGCAAACUAUAAGACGCGUCUCUGCAUGAUGCAUGCAUCAGGCACGAGACCUUGCGACAUGGGAUCGCGGUGCAAAUUUGCCCACGGACUCAAAGAACUUCGUUCGACUGAUGUUCCAUCUCGAUAUCCAAACAACAAGUACAAAACUAAAUUGUGCAAAAACUUCGCUCGUGGCGGUACUGGUUUCUGCCCAUACGGACUUCGAUGCGAAUUUGUGCACCCAACCGACAAGGAGUUCCAGAAUAUCCCACCAUACCAACGCCUUCUGGUUGACCAGGAUGUUGUAGAGCAAGAUGCCAUUCCAGAAGACUAUGUUGUUGCCAGGCAUCAGCCUCGAUUCAUGCGAUCUAGUGGAAGAUCUACGACACCAACAAAAGUAAUGUUGAAGCAUCGUAAUGUUGCAGGAUCGAUGAUGUGUCUCUCCAAUACUGGACGGGAUGUUGCAGCAGCUGGUGGAGAUUUCAGCCAAGCCGAGGCUAGUCCAGAAUACUUGCCACCUCAUAUGAGACGGAACCGUCGGGUGAAUCCACCGAUGUCCAAACGUAGAACUUCUCUCAACACGAAGUGGACGUCAGAGGAGAACCUUGGUCUUCACGGACACUACUGA